AACAGUUCCCCCACCCUCACCGUCCUGCCCCCCUCUAGUGAGGAGCUGUCCAGUACAACAACAGCCACACUGACGUGUCUGGCCAACAAGGGCUUCCCCUCAGACUGGACCAUGAGCUGGAAAGUGGACGGGACCAGCAAGAAGCAGGAGGCCAGUCCCGGGGUCCUGGAGAAGGACGGCCUGUACAGCUGGAGCAGCACACUGACUCUCACUGCCCAGGAGUGGACCAAGGCAGGAGAGGUGACCUGUGAAGCCCAGCAGAAAUCCCAGACUCCAGUCACCAAGACCCUGAGGAGGGCUGACUGUUCUGGGUAGGACCCCUCAGUCACACAGCCCUGUGGAGAGAGGAUGCUGGUUCCUCUGCUUUGACUUGCUUUGUUCUAAAAUCAGUCGUUCUCUGAUUUAGAGAUCACUCUGGUGUGGACUAACAGGGGUUUGGCUUGAGUUCAUGUGUCAAUCCAUUCUGUAGAUUGAGAUUUUGUUCGUUUUAGAUUUGAUGUGAUCUGCUUUUAUUCACUAUCAUGUUUGCUUUGAUGCUUUGAUUGUGUGAUAAUGGAUUAAAAUAAAGAUUUCUUUUUGGAAUGCAUAUUUCUGUUGUUUUUAUUAAUAAACUGGAUCAUAGAUACUGUAUAUUUGCAAUAUUCUGGAAAAAUGUGUAUUCAGUAAGGCUGAUUAAUGAUGUCUUUAAAAACUGUCAAGUCUAAAACUCACUCUAACAUCAUAAUUGACCAGUAAGUAAUACUAUCACAAUAUACUAUGAUAUAAUAGAAGAGCUGCUGCAAUGAUAGUAGUUGACUGUCUUCAUUCAUCAGGAUACUGAGUCUGUGUCAGACGUGUUUGACUUGACAGACUUUACAGUAAUAAAAGAAGAACUAUCAAACAGUCAACCGAUAUCUUGGACUCUCACUUGUGUUAUAGGCUGUGAUUCGAAGCUAAAUAUAUUUUUUUUAAUAAAAAAUGUUACAAGUGCCACUACUUCAAGAUGUAGCAGUGUUUCAAAAAACUUGGUCCUCGGGACCCCAAGGGGUGAUGAUUAGUUGAUUAUUUUUCAUCAGCAGUGUAAAGCUAGGGCAAAAACCAAAACGUGCACCCCUUGGGGUCCCGAGGACCGAGUUUGGGAAACGCUGCUAUAUAGUGUAGUGACAGUCUUCUCUACCUCCAACCCCCUGGGAACAGAGUGAACAUUUGGUGACAGUACUGCUCUAUUCUGGGACAAGCAGAACCACCCAGCCCUGUCUAUGUAAAUCUCAGUUUCACUCCCACAGAUACCAGUGUAGUAGUUGAACAGUUUCACUGCCUGUAAUACCCUGGACUGGGCCAGAUGUGAGGGAGUGGACUGGUUUUAACCUCUAUGGUGGAUUCAGGGAGGGACUCAUAACAGAUAUGCUACCAUGUAAUUAAUGACAGAUAAAAUGGAUAUUAUACUUUACAUAGAUAGUGUAUGUAGUGUACAUGAGACUCAUGUUUGAACCCAGCAUCAUGUCUCAUUCACAGAUCUAACAGUCAGUAACCUGCUUAUGAACACAGUAAAUAUAAUGCUACAAGAUCACAAUUUAAAUCACACAUUUGGUUGAGGUCCAAUUUGGGACUUGUUUUGGGGGUCUGAAGUGAUUGUAACUUUGAAGUAAUGUUGAGGUCAGAACACCUUUAGUUUUACAUCUGUAGAUCUUGCUUUACAUAUUGACAGAAAAUGGGUUUCAAAACAUCAAUUAAAUGUUAUAUACACUUAAAGGCCAUGACAAAUAUAACAAGUUAUAACGAUGAUGAUGAUGUUAAUGAUGAUGAUGAUGGUCAUGUGAACUGAAUGAUUACUUUUUAACCAUAUUUUCACAUGUCACAGUUGACCUCAUCUAGUGUUCCAUGUCACUGUCUCUUCCCCCUCAGCACCUGCAGUAGGUCCCAGCUGUAGCAGUACAGUCACUGUGCAGUCUGACUGAGGGAGGUUUUUGUACGACUCUGUAUCACUGUGUGAACACCCAGACACUGUUGAUGUAGUGUUCACUCUGACAGUAGUAAUCUCCUGCAUCUUCAGCCUGGACUCCACUGAUGGUCAGAGUGAAGUCACUCCCAGAUCCACUGCCACUGAAUCUAGAUGGAGUCCCAGACUGAAGUGUUGUAGCAUAGUAUAUAAGGAGUUUAGGAGCUCCUCCAGGUUUCUGUUGAUACCAGGCUAGGUCGUUAUUGUUAUAGACAUCACUGCUGGUUUUACAGUUCAGAGAGACUGUUUGUCCUGGGAGAACAGCUUUCACUGCAGGAGUCUGAGUUACAGUGACCUGGCCUCUGGAUUCUGAAACAGAGAUGUCAUGUAGAAAUAGCAUUCAAUUGUUAAUACAUUUUUCCAUGUAGCAUAUGAAAUUAAACUGUAAUGAGAUUAUAUAGCCUAAUAUUGCAAUUGUCCGGGUAAUUUUCUGUAAAAUAUAUUACCUUGGAGACAGAGGGCAAAUAUCCAGAUAAAGAUGGUGAUAAAAGUCAUGGUUGUUGUGGGUUCUGUUGUCAUGAAGGACAGCUCUCAGUCAUGAAGUGUUAAACUCACAGGGCUAUAAACACUCCCAGACCACUGAAGCAUGUGCUGUCUAUGCAGAGCAUCAUCACUAUGCAAAUAAUCUUAUGGUCUUCUCCCCAUCCACCAUGUUUCAGUAAAGUGUCCUACAUGUAAGUAGUCUUUCUGGACAGAGACUGAUGUGAUGUAGAAACAUGAUAGCUAUGCAAUCACUGAUAUGGUUUCUGAUAUAAGUGCUGAAUGGGGACUGAUAGAAUGACUUUAGACAUCUACAAGUGGAGCAUAACGUUAAUGUCUAAAAAUAAUGUUUUUAGACCAGAUAGUAUCUGCUUUCUGUCUCCCUCCCUCCAUCACACAGACUGCAGUUAGUAACUGCAGUCUGUGUGAUGCUGCUGAUUGACUGCUCAAAAGGGGAGAUCUCCACAGCUCUGACGUCUCCAGUCUCCUGCUUCACCUGCUGCUCUCUGGAACUACCACAGUGGUGUAAAGGAGGAUGUAUGGGUAAUGUUUAAGUGGUAUAUUGUAUGUGUUGGAAUCAUGUUGAUUAAAUUAUAGCUAUUCAAAACACAGGUCAUCUUUAGGGGUUUUGAUCAUUGCACAUAAUCUCUAUUCAGAUUGGUUGAUGGUUUUCCUUGAGUUAAUCAACAGAGUCAACAUGUAGUUAACGGUCAGGAGAAACAUUUAGUGAUCAGUUAUGAUCUAAGGUCUUCUAGACAUAGCUCUAGUUUGACUCUAUUGUUGUUCAGCUCUACUACACACUGUGUCAUUGUACUGGAUCAUCUUCUACCCUCAGCACCUGCAGUAGGUCCCAGCUGUAGCAGUACAGUCACUGUGCAGUCUGACUGAGGGAGGUUUUGUUUUUGUACGACUCUGUAUCACUGUGUGAACACAUAUGUACUAUUUGGAUAGUGGAAACUGACAGUAGUAAUCUCCUGCAUCUUCAGCCUGGACUCACUCCCAGAUCCACUACCACUGAAUCUAGAUGGAGUCCCAGACUGAAGUGUUUUAGCAUAGUAAAUAAGGAGUUUACUAGUAUUAUACUCUAUUGUAUAAUACUAUUAUUUUAUUACCAUCAGUCCCUAUUGUAGUGGCUGCCUGUGAGUUUUAUAAUUAAUUUUAAGAUUGGUUUUUAAAUAAAUCCACGAUUGAUUGAACACGAGUUAUGUUCCCAGUAGGUCCCUCAGGUCCUCUAGCACUGGCCUUUUAACUAUCCCAAAGCCUAGGACCAAGAGGCAUGGAGAGGCAGCCUUUAGUUAUUAUGCCCACAGCCUCUGGAAUAGCCUGCCAGAGAACCUGAGGGGGGCCGAAACUGUGGAAAUAUUUAAAAGAGAUCUUAAAACACAUAUUUUUACCUUUGCUUUCCUUAGGGUUAUUUUUAGUUGUUCAGUUUGUGUCAUUCUUUUGUUUUUAUCUUAUGUUUGUUGAGUAGUAAAUAUUUCAGCUUUUAUUUUCAUUGUUUUUUAUUAGUUUCUUCCUGUAAAGCACUUUUUGUUGCAUUCCAUGUCUGAAAUGUGCUGUAUAAAUUUGAUUUGAUUAUACUAGUAUUUCAGUGCUAUCAGAGCCCAUUAUAUUAUACUAAUUCUUCAGUAUUGAGGGUGGUACUGCGAGUGAUCUUUCUGUGAAGGUGCUCACACUUGUGUGAAGGAGGUUUUUGUACAGAGACCACCAGAAUGAAUCACUGUGGAGGACUUUUGGAAGUUGCACAAAACUGGUUCUAAAAAGUAUGUACAUUUUUGUCUUCCAUCAUACAACAAAAUGUAAUCAUGAUAUUGAACAACGUUAUGAGAUUGUAUCAUCUUCUCCAGAGGAAAUACUUUUAUUCUAUAUAUUUUUUGAAAUGUCUGUCAACACAUUGGUAGAUUGGUAAAUGGAAGAGAAGGGAGAGAGUUGUUCACAUACCACCAAGUUUAUUUGGCAAUAAUAACAUGCGAAAUAACACAUUUAGAUACACAAUAUUGCAUGUUAGCUCAUUGUGCUGUCAAGAUGUAGCUACUACUAUUUAUAUAAGCAACAGUUUGUAUUGUAUGCAUAGUAGAUACUAACACAGACAUGGUUUAAAGGUGAACCUCAUCUAUAGUUUUGAACAGUAAUUUGAGGUCAUUUUGGUUUGUGUCUCAAAGUAGAUUUGACAAAAAUUAAUAUGGAGGUUUCAUGUCAGAUUUUACAUUGUGAAUGUUAAAUGAUACUGUAUCCAGACUAUAUAUGGUAUCUGUUCCCUGCAUGUCUUUCUAGAAUUAGGGGCGGUUUCCCAGACACAGAUUAAGCCUGGUCCUGGAAUAAAAAGCAAUCUCAGUGGAGAAUCUCAAUAAAAAAUGCUUUUAGUCUAGGACUAGGCUUGACCUUUGUCCGGGAAACCGCCAGUGUUUUGUUGCUCUUUGAAGGCUACACUGUAGAGCAUGAAUGUACCUUUACAUGUUUUGUCAAAUAAUUAGUCCAGACUUUUUUUGUUUACCUAUUUCUUCAUAGACUAAGUGUUUGGUUGUUCUCGGUUGUGCUUGGUUGUUCUUUGUACUGUAGCUAGUUGUUUAUGCUGUUUACUGUCAAUCUGAAAUUGUUUUGUUCACUGAUAACACAGUGGCUGUGUCCGAAUACCCACAUUAGUCUACUAUAUACACUCAUUUUGGUGUUUAAUCAAGUAGAAUUCACUCGUCUUUUCCGACUCACGUGUUUGACGACAGCUGAUAAUCAGAUAAAUUGAUGCGCUGUACAAAAAUGAACGAAUCACGAAUUAGCGGAUGCAUUCGGAGUACUAUGUUCAAAAUUUCAUAUACUAUAAAACGCUAUUUUUUCACAUACUAUUUAGUACAGUAGUAUGGAUAUUCAGACAUGGCCAGUGUCUUUUCUCCCUCUCCUCUGGGGAGUUCUUCUCCCCUCUCCUAAUGUUAUAGGUAGUAGUAGUAGUAGUAGUAGUAGUAGUAGUAGUAGUAGUAGUAGUAGUAGUAGUUGUUGUUGUUGUUGUUGUAGUUUUAGUAGUAGUAGUAGUAUGUAGUUGUUUGUAGUUAGUAGUAGUAGUAGUAUAGUAGUAGUAAGUUAUAGUAUAGUGUGUUGUGUUGUAGUUGUCGUUGUUGUUGUUGUGUGUUGUUUGUUGUUGUGUUGUUGUUUUGUUGUUGUUGUUGUUGUUUUGUUGUUGUUGUUGUUGUUUGUAGUGUAUGUUGUUAGUGUCGUUGUAGUUGUUGUUGUUGUUGUUGUCGUUGUUGUUGUCGUUGUUGUCGUGGUUGUGUGUUGUUGUUGUUGUUUGAUUGUUGUGUUGUUGUUGUUUGUUGUGUGGUGUGUGUUGUUGUGUUGUUGUUGUUGUUGUUGUUGUUGUUGUUGUGGUUUGUUGUUGUUGUUGUUGGUUGUUGUUGUUGUUUGUUGUGGUGUUGUUGUUGUUGUUGUUGUUGGUUGUGUUGUUGUUGGUUGUUGUGUUGUUGUUGUUGUGUGUGUUGUGUUGUGUUGUUGUUGUAGUUGUUGUUGUUGUUUGUUUUGUUGUUGUUGUUGUUGUUGUUGUUGUGUUGUUGUUUGUUGUUUGUUGUUGUUGUUUGUUGUUGUUGUUGUGUUUUGUUGUUGUUGUUUUUUGUUGUUGUUGUUUCGUUUUGUUUUUUUUUGUUCGUCGUUCGUGUCGUCGUCGUCGUCGUGUCGUCGUCGUCGUCGUCGUCGUCGUCGUCGUCGUCGUACGUCGUCGUCGUCGUAGUGUGUCAGUACGUAGUAGUAGCUAUGCUCUCGUCUCGUCUCCGUCUCCUCCUCUCUAAUAUGAGUUGUAGUAGCUGACCCCCCCUCUCCUCUCCUCUCCUCUCCUCUCCUCUCCUCUCCUCUCCUCUCCUCCUCUCCUCUCCUCUCCUCUCCUCUCCUCUCCUCUCCUCCCUCUCCUCUCCUCUCCUCUCUCUCCUCCUCCUCUCCUCUCCUCUCCUCCCUCUCCUCCUCCAUAUAGAGUUGUAGUAGCUGACCCGCCCUCUCUCCUCUCCCCUCUCCUCUCCUCGUCCUCACUCUCCUCUCCUAAUAUAGAGUUUGUAGUAGCCUGACCCCCCUCUCUCCUCUCCUCCUCUCCUCUCCUCUCCUCUCCCUCUCCUCUCCUCUCCUCCCUCCUCUCCUCUCCUCUCCUAAUAUAGGGUUGUAGUAGCUGACCCGCCUCUCUCCUCUCUCCUCCAGCUAGUCCCUCUGUCAAGCCCGCAGUGUCUCUGCUCCAUCCUGUCCUCUGAGCAGUUCUCUGGGGGCUCGGCCACACCGGCCUGCCUGCUGAGCGGCUACUCCUCAGCAGCACUCUGACCCUGAGCAAAGCACGCUGGGAAGAGGGAGGCAUGUACACCUGCAGGGACGUCCACAACGACAAAUCCAUUUAAAUCAGACAUUUGGUUGAGGUCCAUUUGGGGACUUGGUUUGGGGGGCUGAAGUGAUUGUAACUUUGAAGUAAUGUUGAGGUCAUAACACCUUUUGUGUUACUUUUUACUUUGCAUUUGGACAGGUAUUGUGUUUUCAAAACCUCUAAUAACUUUUAGAUGAUCUUUCAGGUCAUGACAAAUAUACAGAGUUACAACCAUGAUGAUGAUGAUGAUGAUGAUGAUGGAGAACAUGUGAUAUGAAUUAUGCUUUCUAUCCUUAUUCAAGGUUUCCUCGCUGAUCAGUGUUCCAUGUCACUGUCUCUUCCCCCUCAGCACCUGCAGUAGGUCCCAGCUGUAGCAGUACAGUCACUGUGCAGUCUGACUGAGGGAGGUUUUUGUACGGCUCUGUAUCACUGAAGUGUUGUAGCCGUGUAAAUAAGGAGUUUAUGAGCUCCUUCAGGUUUCUGUUGGUACCAGGCUAGAUAGUUAUUACCAAGCACUGCUGGUUUUACAGUCAAUAGUGACUGUCUGUUCUGGGAGAACAGCUAUCACUGCAGGAGUCUGAGUCACAGUGACCUGUCCUCUGGAUUCUGAAAAAUAGAAUUACAAAUAUUAUAUGAAUAAAUUAUUACAUAUUGUAAUCAAUAGUUCUGAAUAGAAAUAUUAACAUUGAUAUACAUUUCCAUGGUGUAGAUUUAAUUAAUUUUCAACAGUAAAUUCUGAAAAGUGUCCAGAUGAGGAUGAUGAUAAAAGGCAUGGUUGUUGUGGGUUCUGUUGUCAUGAAGGACAGCUCUCAGUCAUGAGGUGUUAAACUCACAGGGAUAUAAACACUACCAGAGCAGUGGAGCAGAUGCGUUAUGCAAAUGAGUGUUUCAAAUCUAUUUCAGUUUCCAAGUAGGCUCCCAUCAUUACAAUAUAUUUUGUCCUGCAUGAGUUUGUUUUACUAAUAAUAGUAAUUAGGUGGGUACUUAUAUUUGUCCCAUUUCACGCGUGUAUUAUACGGGAAUUAGAAAAAUAUUUUUUGGGGAUAUCCCAACUCCACCUGAGACAUCCUCGGAGAGUGGGGUCACAUACAGCAUCUUUCAUUAUAAACAGAGACCCUGGAGCAAUUAGGGUUAAGUGCCUUGCUAAAGGGCACAUCGACAGAUGUUUCACAGUGUCGGCCUGGGGAUUUGAACUAGCAACCGUUUGGCUACUAGGCCAACGCUCUAACCGCUAGCUACCUGCCUUCCCUUUAAUAACAUCAAACAUCAAAUGUUUACUCAAAUAACUAAUAUAUGGCAACUUUUAUGUCACACCAUCAUUUAUUUUUAUUCUGAUGAUGAUCAGACAUAAUGAACUGUCUGUUCACUCAUGCUUGGUCUCUUAUGUAAGUUCCUCUAAUCAGUUAGUGAACACUUCUCUAAACUAAAGCUGGUAGGAUUCCUCUGGUAGUGUUGUCUGUCCUCUUUGACUUUACCACAACUGUUAAAUCUGAGAUCAACAUAUUUAAUAAAGGAAUAUACAACAUGGAUCACUAUCAGUACUGCUGCUGCUGUUGUCUUUCAUAUGGACAAUAUGGAGGAAUACUAGCAACACUGGAUCUAAUGCUGGACUGUAUAUACAGACUAGGAGAACACCUGAUACACAGAAGAAGGAAAAAAUACUCAUAUCUGGAUUUAAGAUACAAUUCAUAUUUGUAUUAUCUAGAAACAGCUUAUAUGAACUGCUUGUUUUACCUGGAAGAUGUUAUCAAUCAAUCAAUCAAUUUUAUUUUAUAUAGCCCUUCUUACAUCAGCUAAUAUCUCGAAGUGCUGUACAGAAACCCAGCCUAAAACCCCAAACAGCUAGUAAUGCAGGUGUAGAAGCACGGUGGCUAGGAAAAACUCCCUAGAAAGGCGAAAACCUAGGAAGAAACCUAGAGAGGAACCAGGCUAUGAGGGGUGGCCAGUCCUCUUCUGGCUGUGCCGGGUGGAGAUUAUAACAGAACCAUGCCAAGAUGUUCAAAAAUGUUCAUAAGUGACAAGCAUGGUCAAAUAAUAAUCAGGAAUAAAUCUCAGUUGGCUUUUCAUAGCCGAUCAUUAAGAGUUGAAAACAGCAGGUCUGGGACAGGUAGGGGUUCCAUAACCGCAGGCAGAACAGUUGAAACUGGAAUAGCAGCAAGGCCAGGCGGACUGGGGACAGCAAGGAGUCAGUAGUGUAUUUGUGUUGAUUAUGAUUCUGUAUGAGUGAUCUUCACUGUAACAGCUGCAGCAUCACAACACAGAGAGGUUUUUGUACCAGCAGUAAUAGGGAUUGUAUCACUGUGGUGGACUUUUGGUAGCGGCACCAGACUUGAUGUUGGAAGUAAGUAAACAACAAAAGUAACUGUUUUAUUCACCUUUUGAUCUUGUGUUUCAAUUUCUCUAUCAAUUUAUCCUCGAAUAUAUUGAGGAUUUUUUUACUUACAUUUUUUGGUUGAUUUCUGGACAAAUAUACUAGGCCUACACAUACUAUGGCCAUUUUGAAAAUAAACGCAAAUACAUCUUAUCAAAUUUGACCUGCAUUUUUCUGUGAUGAGAGUGAUUAGCCUACAUUUUAGAUUAGGUGUAUGAAUAAACAUACUGCACCUUGUAGGAAAUGUUCAAUAAACAGGUUUAGCAGUUUUGGGGGGAAAACUAAACAAAAAAACACUUUAUUUCAAAUGAACAAGAUAAAAUUAUCUUUGGCAAGUAUUCAUACCAUAUUAGAGUCAAUGAUUUCAACCACAGUCUAAAGAAAUGUAGCUUGCCCAAUGGGCAGGAGGUUUUUGUACAAUCAGUAAUAGGGAUUGUAUCACAGUGGUACACUUUUGGUAGCGGCACCAGACUAGAUGUUGGAAGUAAGUAACAAGCUCUCUUGAUAUUUCUUUCUGAUUACACUUAUUAAGUAUGUUAUUCUUAAACUCUGUCUCUAUGAAAAUAUUGUGAUUUUAGAUUUUCAAAAUGUUUUAAUUGCUUUUGACUGACCCUUCUUUCUAAUACAAUUUUAUUGAAUCGAAAUAUUUUAAUUGUAGGUUUAUUUCUGUCUGAUUGUAUGAUUGCAGACUAUAACUCUUAAUUCUGGUAUGAUGACUAUUUAAUAGCAUUGGAUAUAGUAGUCAUUAUUGUUGAAUUGAGUUCAUGGUAGCCUUCACUGUUAGUGUGAAGACAAAGGAUCUCAGUUAUGUUUGUAACAGACUUCAUGAUCUACCAAGGUUGAUAUGCGAUUAAAACUCAUCUAUGCUCAGAUUUUGCAAAUACUAUGAAUAUGGGAAGGCUAUUCUGACCAGAUCCAUUCCUAAACAAUAUCUGUAUGACAUGUAUAACUGACACCGUAUGACUAGUAACUCUAGUUAUUUAACCACUUUGGUUCAUAAAUCUGCUUCGUAUCAUAUUACUUUUAAACAAUCUAACUUUUACAUUCAUAUUUAGAAGGCAUUUCCAUUUCACUUUAUUUUGAUGUGUCCUUUGCUGAAGAUAAUCUCUUACUGUAACUGUACUUGAUGUAGUUACUUAGUUGAUGUGUUCUGUUUCUUCCAGGUAACAGUUCCCCCACCCUCACCGUCCUGCCCCCCUCUAGUGAGGAGCUGUCCAGUACAACAACAGCCACACUGAUGUGUCUGGCCAACAAGGGCUUCCCCUCAGACUGGACCAUGAGCUGGAAAGUGGACGGGACCAGCAAGAAGCAGGAGGCCAGUCCCGGGGUCCUGGAGAAGGACGGCCUGUACAGCUGGAGCAGCACCCUGACUCUCACUGCCCAGGAGUGGACCAAGGCAGGAGAGGUGACCUGUGAAGCCCAGCAGAAAUCCCAGACUCCAGUCACCAAGACCCUGAGGAGGGCUGACUGUUCUGGG